CAUUUUACUUCCGGCCAUUACCCAUACCUUACGUGCACGCAAGGUCGUAAAAGAGAAGUGGGGAAUGCAUUAGAAAAUCAAUGUAAUGCAUUAAAAUGUGAUGAAAUGAAGUAUUCAGUAUGCAAAAUAAACUCAGACAUAGUCAUUUUACGUGAACAUUAUAUGCUUCUUAAAACUUAAGUUUGUGACCAUCGUAAACCAAUCACCAGGUAAUAAGAAGUGGACAUUACUGAGCGGUCAGCAUUAACAGUCUCAUGAAAAGAUGCUGUCAGUGCAUCGUACUUAUGUCACAGCCAAGAAAGCAGUGAUUUCACAGGCACAAGGAAAUGGAACAAUGUGCAGGAAAUAUGCACAGACUGAUAUGAACUAUUGAAAUUUACCAAUGCAGAUUAGGUGCAGGAUGUUAAAUGCUUAUGGUGGAGUGCUGGGCAGUGUACAAGAUCUUGACAAGAAUUUAUAUACACCGAUCUGGUCAAUUAGCCAAUGAGAUUCAAAGUGAAAUCUACAAUUAGCCAGAAAAACAUGAGAAAGAUGCUUCCAGGUGUUGGCGUGUUUGGAACAACAGCCACCAUCAAGGUACUGGUUCCUAUCCUUAAAACUUGUGGCUUUCCUGUUGUGGCAGCAUGGGCACGUACAGCCGAGGAGGCCAAAUUGUUGGCCACUGAGCUGGACAUUGAUUUUUUCACUGCAAAAAUUGAUGAGGUGUUGCUGCAUAAAGAUGUGGAUGUGGUAGUCAUCAGCUGUUCUCCUCACCUCCAGGCUCCCAUAGCAACUAAAGCAUUGGGCAUAGGCAAGCAUGUUUUGUGUGGUUCUCCUGCAGGACCACGUGAGGUUGAUGCACUUCGCAUGGUCCAUGCAUCACGCUAUUACCCACGACUCAUGUCACUCAUGUGCCACGGUCUACGUUUUUUGCCUGCUCUAACACGUAUGAAAUCCUUAGUGGAAGAAGGAUAUAUAGGCAAUAUCAAAGUUUGUGAAGUAAAGAUGCACUUUGGUGUCACUUACUCGGACCGUUUUGACUGGAUGUGUGAUGAGAUGAUGGGCGGUGGUGUUUUGAACCAGUAUGGCUCCAACAUCAUUGAUUUGGUGACAUACUUGACUCGACAGCGAGCCUUGAAGGUUCAUGGCAUGUUGAAGACAUAUAUCAAGCAGACAGGUAACAUCAAAGGCAUUCGUGAAAUAACAAGUGAUGACUUUUGCUCCUUCCAGCUGGAGCUAGAUAAAGGUGCCAGUGUAACCGUGACCCUGAAUGGAUUGAUGCCUGGGCAGUUUCUGCAAGAGAUCCUUCUUGUGGGAGAUCGUGGACGCCUUGUUGUUCGUGGAGCUGAUCUUUAUGGGCAGAAGCGGGAGCGAGUAAAAGAAGAUCUUCUCCAUUUUGAUCCCGUAAACUAUAAGGAUGUUGAGAGUUUUGGGAUUUCAGAGAGUGUCCGAAGAGAAAUUCCAACUCCGUUUAUGAAAGGCAUGAUUCGUAUGACGGAAGCAGUGAGAGAUGCAUUCGAUCGCGUUGAGGAAAGGCAGGGCUGGGUAGCAGAACCUGUGGCCCAGGCAGCCACAUUUGAGGACUCUUUUUAUGUGCAGACUGUAGUAGAUGCCAUUCGUAAAUCGAGCAAAUGCAAAGAAUGGAUUUCAGUUGUGCUGAAAGAUGAGGAACCUGAGCCUAAUCCUUUUCUCUCAGCCGCCAUGCGCCGCAGCACAUUCUCAUUGCAUUGAUCUUUCUGGUCUUUUGGUGGGACUAAAAAAAAAUUAAGACAGAAACAUGAUUUUAGCUUAAAUAUGAUUUUUGUCUUUAUAGUGAUAAAGUGUAGUGUAGAUUGAAAGUGUAGGUGAGUUUGAAUGCAUGUGCCUAUGUGUGUUUAUGUAUUAUAUAUGAGAGUAUGUACAAGUGUCUCUCUAUGUAUGUUUUAAUAUGCUUAUUAACAGAGGAUGCUUUCAAAAAGUACAAACAAAUACUUCAAGGAAGAAUUUAGUAUGGGUAUUUUGUCACUUAGUUUUGCUUUGUCUUUUGUGGGAAAAUAUUUUUGAGUCUAGAAGUAUCUGUAAGCAUACAGAGCAGUCACACUAAAAUGAGUUAGGUGAAAGGGCAUCAUUCUUAUUUCCAGGCUAACAAAUAACCUUUAAAAAAAACAGGAAUAGGCUGAUUAUAUAAUCACAUAAACGUUAUUUUAGCUGUAAACUAAACACGUUUUUGUGUAAUGUAACACUUUUCGUCUUUACCACUGACUGGCAUGCAAAGACAUUAGUCACUUCUGGUUCUUAUAAAACUCUGUGAACUAUUGUAAUGAUGUAGUUAAUUGAAGAACAAAAAAAAUCCUCCCCAAACAUCAAAGCUAUACAUAAUCACAUUGUCAGCAAUCACAAAUGUGGUUUUGAGUCCCAUAGUUGAUGGAAGCAUAUAUAGCUGCUUUAAAGGAUCUUUGUUGUUGAUACCAUAUGCAGUUGAACCUAAACCCAGUCUGUUAUAAGGAGAAAAUAGGUUUUUUAAUCAUUGUAGUCUAAUCUGUCAUUGAAGUUAAAAAGAAAAGCAAAAAUUCAUAUUAUCAUUAUAGUUACUGCAACAUUUUGUUCUUUUGUACUCGAAAUUAAGUGAUUAUGAUGAAGCUUUCUGAUUUUGGUUCAGAUUUAAGAAUUAAAAGUUUUUUUAAAAAUACAGUUAAGGUUUUAAAACUUUUAUUCUUAGUAUUAUAUAUAUAUAAAUAACUUACCUGAUGAUGUUUAGAUUAAUUUCUGUGACGCAUAUAUAUUUUGUUAAAUGCUUGCAGUUCUUGUGAUUUCCUUGUUACUGGGAGUAUCUUAGUUUUGCUUUGUUUUUGGUUUUUGGGGGUUUUUUUUUGGACAAAUGAUUGCUUUCAGUUUAGAUAAAACCAAGUUGUUACACAAUGUUUUAAACCCUGCAAGAUGACAAGUGGGAGAAUUCAAAAUGAAUUGCUAUUUGCCUACCAGGUUGAGACUAUCAGAGCUGUUUAUCUAAUUGUUCCCCUUGACAUCCAGACCAGCAUAAUCAUUCAUCAGCUGAUACCAGUCAAGAGAUGAAUAAGUACAUUGAGAUGGUCAGAGGAUAUCAUCUGUUUCAAAAUGGAGUGCCAUAUGGACUUAAAGAAAUAUGUAAUUGGUCAGUCUUGAAACAUGCUAUUUAGUCUUCACAAAUGUGGAAACAAAAAAGUUUUUUUGUUUGUUUCCAUGAUGUUCAUUCCUGAGACCAAGCUGGUUUAUCGGAAAUUUGGACAUGAGAGAUUCUUUUUUUCCUCUAAAUAGUUGUGGUUAACCAUUCACCCUCUUUGUAGAUGUCUGCUAAAUAGUGUCCUAAUCUUGAUGGUAUCAAACUUUGCAUUUUCUGAUGUGUGCAUGAGAAAAUGUUCCAAGGAAGAUUCCAUUAUGUAAUAGAUUUGUGCAUAGAGAUAGUAGUCCAUGUAUAUUCAGCUUACUAUGCUUAUUGUAGGCUGUAUAGGUUAUGCUGACAUUAAAAAGGAAAAAUACAAGAGACUAAGACUUUGUUAAAGUACACAGGAUUUUUUUCAUGACGGUGUGGGUAGGGGGGAAGAGGGUCUGGAAGAGACAGGGCUUCAUUGAUCUGACUGGCAUCAGUUUUCAAGAUCCUUAUUGUGCUUACAUUUUUAAUCCAUAAUUCCUCAAAAACAAAAUACUUGAUGAAUCUUACUUGAGCCAAUAAUGUCUGUGACUGACCACUUUUGCUACAAAACCUUGUUAUGGAGCAGAAACUAUUUGUGAGAAAAGUUAAUGUGAUGUAUGCCCUUGAUAACAUCUAAACACUCUUAAAAGAUCUGCUUUAGUAAAGUGUUUAACAUUGAACUGGAAGAAGAGAGUUAAAAUUCUCUAAUAUACCUUUAGUCAUUGAAGUGCAAAAUCAGAUUUUUUUUCUUAGCCAUGACAUUUGUUAGGCCAGGUUUUAAAAAAUCUUUCUCUUGUGUUAAAGAUCUGGUUUGGAUAUUGGUUUAAUUCUGUGAUGUCUACAGGUUUUAGAAAAAGUUAUUCAUGAAUGCUAAUAUUGGCUUAAAUUAAAAAUACACAUGCAGGAAUUAAAUUUUAAGUGCAAAAUCUCUUUGCUCAAUGGUUUGUGAUAGACACAUGUUUAUCCUUGAUUAGUGUUAUGAACACCUUUCCAUGUGACAUUUUAACAGAAUACUGAAGCUAUUGAAAUUGUUUUCAUUCUUGCUAUCUCAUGAAUAAAGAUAGCUGCAUGUGGAAGGAGUCAUAGCACUACUAAUAAAAGAAGCCUGGAGUUUUCUAGCUGAUUGGUAUUAAUGAAAUAUUCUUUUACUUGGCUGAGAAAUCUGUAUGCAUGCACUAAUUGGUUUUUUUCCCCAUUUAUUGCAAAAACAAAUGGUUCCAAGCAAAGGAGCUUGUUUUUGGGGGGAAACUUGUCCUUUAAUGUAUUGGCAUUUUGUAGAUUGGAAUGAAACAGUUAUCCACAUUUGCAUUUGACAUUUCAUGGUGUUAAAGACACAGUAUGGAUGUUGGGCUACCCUAUGGACUCAGUUGCAGUUUUCAGUACCUGCUUUGUCUGGUUAAAAGAAAUAGUGAAAUACUUUUCCGUACAUAAAUUUAUUUGAGCAGCUGAAUUUGAAGUCCAAUCAUGGGGAAGUCAUUUAAUCAAAUUGACUACCAAAGAUAUUUCCUGUUUUGUUUGUUAUUCCACAGAUGUGGUGGAGGAGAACCUUUAUCAGUGAUCAGUCAAGUGUCUAGGAUCACUAGGUUCACAAAGUCGUUACUGAUGGGAUAUUGGCAGCUUUGUUUAGCUUUUGGUACUAGUUUAUUUUUGAUGAUAGGUUAAUAUUUUCAAUAUGUUUAUAUUUGUUUCCUAUUUUAUGCUGUUGUAAAGUUAAAGCAUAGAAUCUAUUUCAAACAGGUUUUUUUUAAUUUAUCAGUUAUUUAUUACAACAAACAUAAAACAUUUCUUUCUCCAUUUCAUAAAUGCUUCAAAAGUAGUCACAAAGAUCCUUACUUGUGUUAAUCUGUAUGGCUGUGCAACUUCUUUUAAAGUCAUGACUUUUUCAUGUAUUGUUUAUUUCCAUUGUGUUGUUCAGAUGUUACAAUUGCUGAAAUACUUCAUAUCACUCAGUAUGGCUGUGUGUUCACUCUGGAGGUGGUCAUUAAGUCAUUAAGUGUUGGUCUAAGCCUCAUGCUACUUUAUUCAUUAUAGAACAGGUUGAACUAAAGCACAUAUCAAAAUUCUAGGUUGAGUUACUGCAAAAAUUUUUAAUUUUUGACUGGUAUUUGACAAACUACUUAAGUCACCUGUGAUUUAAUUUUCUGCUUUUAACUGAAUCAUGAAGUUAUACUUAUAAACAAAAAAGGAUUGCAUGAAAACCUUCCAUUGAAGGUGGGGAUUUUUUAUAUGGAUAUUUUCUUUUGACCAAAAGCCUUACAAUGAUGCUCUGUACCACAGGUUAUAAAUAUAUACACACUGCAUUUGAAACUACUAGAAAAUUAUGUAUUCCUGGAAAGGGUUAUGAAAUAUUCUCUUAUGAAAUGAUUAAGGGCUGUCAGAACUGUGCACAUUCCAUAUAAAAUUCUUGUGUGGUUGAGCUAAUCUAAGUCAUUAAAACAGGCACACAUCCCAUCUACCCACACCACCACCAGUUUUUAAGGCUUUGCAUAGUUUUUAUAUCAAAAACUUUGCAGGUCAGUCACUAUGGGGUACAAUGUACUUGGAUAUGUGAAACUGUGGUGAAGCUUUGGAAAAGUAGAGCUUAAAGGUGCAAUGUGCAACCAACCAAAAAACAGAAAAUUGUUUUUCAAACAUAGACAAUACUAUAUCAUCAGCAGCAUGUAACUGUAGAUAGUAGUUGUGUGCAUGGGUCAUAAGGGAAUGUACAAAAACGUGUUCAAGAGGUUGUGCUGUUUGCAUCUGUGUGUACAUGCUUUCAUGCACUGGUGUGUAUUUGUAUUAUAUAAUUUUCCUUAUCAGUAAGGCUGGUCCAUUAAUAGAUCAGAUGGCUUGAUGAAUAUGUGGGGAAAUUUUUUAUGCUUUUCAUAAACUUACCAUGCUCAUAUUACUUUAGGCUUUAUUUAUACUAUCGUCAGUUUUCAAUCCCUUUAUUGCCAGGUGAAAAUGAAAACAAUUUCUGGACCAGUGUAAUAAGAUUCACAUAUAAGCAUUAGCUAGAACCAUGACAGGCUGGUUGCCUCUCUUGUAUUCACUACCAAAGAUAUUAUAUGUUUAAUUCGCACCAACAGUUUGUUUGGAGUCAUAAAAGUAUUAUGCAUUCUCUCUUACCUGUAUAUUUAUGUGCAGUUUUGAAUGCUAUUAUUUCUAAUGUCAUCAAAGAGUCCACAGGAUUUUAUUCAUGUAUUCGUAUGAUCUGUUUUCUCUAAUGAUCAGCCACACAAAUAAAAGUGACUUGUUCUAAGAGUUAUAUUAUGCUUGUAAAGUUUAUUGUGUAUUACUGUUUUUCUAAAGCAAACUGUUACACCAUUUUCCACUAGAUUCCAUCUUCUAUAAAUGUUUCAUCUAAUGUUUGUGAUGUGGCAUUUAAAAAAUUACCUGUGAGUGUAAUUUGCAAUCAGUGAUAUAUGUAUUUUCAAACUUUUUAUCAACUGUGAGUGAUUGACAGCUUCCCACAAGCUUUGCUUUGGAAAGAAUUUAAAGAAUGAGUAAAAAGUAUGAAAUGAAAGUCUUUUUGAAGCUGUGCUUGUUGCAAGAUUUAGAGUAUUAGGUGCUGUCAAUUUAUUUUUAUUCUGCUGUUGAUACUCUUUUUUUUUUUCUUUUUUUUCUCUUUUUUGUGCCUAGGUGAUAAUUCACGACUAGCCACAGUCUUUUGUGUUUUUGUCUACCAGCUUUUGGUGUGUUGAUUUGGGGGUAGUUUGUUUUUGUUUUCUUUUUUGUGUGCAUUUUUUAAAAAUAUACAGUUGAAGAAUCUUCAUGCGGUAGAGAUGGAGUUAUUCACCCCUGGCUAGAGAACUGUGCCAUGAGAGCCGAUAGGAAAAAUAGUCCACAGUCCUGCCAUUGAUGCUUGCAACAGCCCCUAGCUGCUCAUUUACAUGCAGCGUGCAUCACAAAUGGUCCAAAAAUGGUGAUUAGAGGUCUCAGACCUCCCAGGAAAAGAUAACAGAUUGUCGGACAGCAUCACUAAUCCACCCCACAGGCCUUGGUAAAUGACCUUUACUAAGAGACUUCAUAUGCAUUGCAGAAAAGCCAUGAACAGUUGUAUUAUUACCGUAGUGCUUCCAAUUUGGACUUUGAUAAUUGUCUGAUACAGAAUUGGACAAGAUACCAAAGAUAAGUGGAGCUGUGGGUGCUGGAAAAGCAGUUUAAUGUUUGCAUGAGUGCAAGCAUACGAGGAUGAACUGCAUCUUCUGCACUUGAAUCUCAGAACAGGAAAAAACAAUCUGGAUCAAAUAUUUUCCAUCCAUUUGUUUUGUUAUAUUAAUCUGGGAACAGAUAACGGCAUGAUGGUUUGUGUUGAUGUGUUUAUUAUUUUGUUUAGACAUCUCAGUCCCAUAUAUCUUAAUAGAGAAUAUACUCAAAGUGGUCUGUUUAAUAUAUUUUGUGGUCAAUAUUCUAUUUAUUUGUAAUCACUGCAUCUGUAAUGUGAGCCAAAUGUGGCAGCACGCCUGCUUAUAUGUGAAGAAAUGUGACAUAUAAGUGGAAAAACCA